AUGGGAGUACAGACAGUUGACAUGUUGAAAACUGAAAUUCCCCUGGAUGAGGAAUCUGUGGUUAUACCUGAAGAUGCUAAGGCUGGUUUAGUUCUUGUAGACAUCAUCAAUGGCUUCUGCACUGUUGGAGCUGGCAAUCUGGCCCCGACAGAACCAAACAGGCAGAUCAGUGAGAUGAUUGAGGAAUCGGCAAAACUGGCUGAAUUAUUCUGUGACAACGAAUGGCCUGUGCUAGCCUUCCUCGAUUCGCACCACCCUGGGAAACUGGAGCACCCUUAUCCUCCACACUGUAUUACUGGAACUGAUGAAUCAAAUUUGGUUCCCGCUCUAAGGUGGAUAGAGACAAAACCAAACGUGACAAUCAGGCGUAAAGAUUGCUACGAUGGCUUCAUUGGUUCAAUUCAGGAAGAUGGUUCUAAUACUUUCGUCGAUUGGGUGAAAAACAACAAGAUUCAAGUUUUACUGGUGGUAGGGAUCUGCACAGACAUCUGUGUGCUGGAUUUUGUAUGCUCCACAUUAUCAGCUAAGAACCGGGGUUUCCUGGAGCCUCUGGAGGAUGUGGUAGUGUAUUCUUCAGGAUGCGCCACUUUCGAUUUUCCGGUUUCACUGGCAAGAAACACCAAGGACCAUUUGCCUCAUCCCCAGGAAUUGAUGCAUCAUGUGGGACUUUACAUGGCCAAGGGAAGAGGUGCAAAGAUUGCAAGAGAAGUGUUCUUCAACACAUCCAAGAAUCUGUGA